AUGGAUUGCCUUGACGGAUCCCCUGGGCAGUUCAGGAACUUUAAGAAGAGUGACUUUGAGGCUGACUGGAUUAAGCUGGCAGAAUGCAGAUGUGGUCAGGUGUACCGGGUCAGGCUCAAGCCCCGGCGGGAAACGUGUGCCUUGAAGACCUUUGACACAACCUUGUGUGCCGACAAUUUUCUCAGGAGACUAAUAGACGAGGCGUCCAACAUAGGGAAAGUGAAAUUCAAGUACAUAGUGUCCAUCUACGGACUGUGCAGCGAGGCGACCGCUGUGGUGAUGGAGCACAUGAGUAAUGGAUCGCUGAACAAUCUCCUCGCCAGCCACACUUUGAUGUGGCCAAAGAAGUUCCAGAUGAUUCAUGAGGCCUCUAUGGGAAUGAAUUUUCUUCACAGCAUGAAACCUCCUCUACUCCAUCUUAACCUCAAGACAUCCAACAUCCUGCUCGACGACCGGCUCCACGUCAAGAUUGCUGAUUUUGGUUUAAUCCACUGGGAAGAGGGCAAGAGCAAGAAGUUGUUCAUGGAGCAUCUGACAGUAAGAGGGAACAUAAGUUACAUUCCUCCAGAGACCUUCACUCAGUGCCCCGAUCCUCCAGGAACUACCUUUGAUGUUUACAGCUUCGGAAUAGUGAUGUGGGAGGUCCUGACUCAGCAAAAACCAUACGCAGGGUGCAGUGUGACCACAGUGCUCUUACAGGUGUCACAUGGUAAGAGGCCCGGUGUGGAGAUGAUACCUGACCAGAAGCCCCGUGAGUGUGAUCAGAUGAUCUACAUCAUGAAGCAGUGCUGGGACCAGGACCACCGGAAGAGGCCACCGUUCUCAGACACUGUGAGGAAAACCGAGGCUCUGAGUGGAAUCCUGAGGAUCCCAGGACCAAAAAAUGGUGAAGAGGGACAGAAAGAAGACUAUCCUUGGAUGGUUUCCCCAAUACACAAAAUUGCUUUGCCUGAGAUGCCUGACCCUCCCUCAGGAGACCACCGUGGCAAGGACAACAUUCUCUCUCUGCUGUGCAAAAAGGACUUUGGUAAUUUCAGACAGACUGUGAGAAGAGAGCACGUAAACAAACAGUUUUCGGGUGAAAAGAGCCUCCUCCACUAUACGGUAGCCAGCGGGGAUGCAGAGAGUGUCGAGCAUGUCCUGAGCCUGGGUGCUGAAGUCAACUGCACCACUGCCAGAGGUUACACUCCUCUUAUUAUUGCUGUUCUGCACAGGCUUCAUGACAUCAUCUCUUUGUUGCUGGAACACGGUGCAGCUGCCACCCAGGGAGACGAGGACCAGUGGACGGCGCUCCAUUUUGCAGCACAGAACGGUGAUGACAGGACAGUCCGUCUCCUGUUGGACAAAGGAGCUGAGGCGGAUGCCCGGGAAAAAGCCGGCUGGACGCCCCUCCACCUGGCCUGCCAGAAUGGCCACGAAACAGUGGUGCGCCUGCUGCUUUCACGGCUGUCAGAGGAAGCGCUCGGAGAACGGGAGGCACAAGGGAGGACGGCGCUCCACUUAGCCUCCGCCUACGGACAUCUGAACAUUGCCAAGCUCCUCCUCUCUCAGGGAGCAGAUCCCAACGCUACUGACAGCUCCCUCUCCACCGCUCUCCACUUAUCAGCAGAGGAAGGCCAUAACAGAGUAGUGAGACAGCUGGUGAAGAGUGAGGUGAAUAUUGACAGUGCAGACAGCAGAGGAUACACUCCGCUGCAUCUGGCUGCUCUGAAGGGCCAUACAGGCAUAUGCAGGCAGCUGUUAUCAAACGGGGCCAGCCCAGACUCCAAGACCCUACAAGGCUGGACUCCCAUGCACCUGGCCGCCCUAAGGGGACACGAAGCCACGGUGGUCCAGCUGGAGAGUCAAGGUGCUUGUGUGAACGCUGAAGGUGAGAAUGGAUGGACGCCGCUCCACCUCGCCUGCCACCAGGGGGAGCCGGAGGUGGUGGAGAAGCUUCUGGCAGCCAAAGCCGACCCAAACGUGUCAGAGGACAGUGAGGGAUGGACGCCAUUACAUGUAGCUUGUUCCAGUUUGUGCGUCCCCAGUGUCCUGCACUUGAUAUCGCAUUAUGCAGACGUCAAUGCAGUCAACUCGGGCAAGGCGACGCCUUUACACCUGGCUGCUCAGCAUGGCUGUGUGCCGAUCGUAGAGGCUUUGCUGCUGAACGGAGCGGACAGGACUCUGCUGGACUCCUCUGGAUCCAGGGCUCUGAAUGUGGCCCUGAGGUGUGAAAACUGGGAAAUAGUGCAACUACUGGAGAAGUAGCUCUGGUGAAAGCAAUAUGAAUGGAUUCAGAUGAAGAGUGGGGCUUUUUCAAUGCUUUAUCAAU